GGCCGCGUCUUUUACGUUAGUUCGAUCCCGAAGGCUCGCUCCUACAGGGCUGUGGCGGAGCCCCUGAAUAUGGGUUCUUUCCUGACCCAGCCUCUUGAUCCAGUCAAGGUCGCCGCGCCUCCUGAAGCCGCUUCUUCCGCCAACCCCGCACCCCUCGCUACACCCGGAACGCCGACCUCUCCAGAGCAAACCCCCGUACUUAAUAACUGCUGGAGCUGUCGCGUGCUUUCCGGGUCGGGGCUGAUAGGGGCGGGCGGAUACGUGUACUGGGUAGCACGGAAGCCCCUGAAGCUGGGAUACCCGCCGGGGCCAGGGACCAUUAUGCAGAUGGUCAUCGGCAUCAGCAUUGCUUGUUGGGGUAUAGUCAUCCUGUCAGACCCCAGAGGGAAGGCUGUCCGCGUUGGUUGAAAGUGCUGCCAGUGAAUUUGUCAUCUAUCCUGUCACCAUGACACACAGCGCCAGCAUGAGGCUUAUGGAUGUUCUGGACAGACACAUGGACAUUGAUAUACUUUUUCUGUGAAUACUGCAAGACUGAAAAGACAAACAUUGGUUGUCAUUAUUUGAACAUGAGUGUUUGUGGCCUUGUAGGGCUCCACAGAGACCAAUAAAUCCCUCAGAGAAGAGAAGUUCUUUGUCUUAUCUGGGGAAAGAGGAUAUAAUUUAAAAAAAAACAAAAAGAAAGAGGAAAUGAUAAACCAAAUGGGAAAAUGAACUAAGUUGUUAUUUAAAAUAAUUCUUUUUACUUCUUCCAUAUUUGGGUCAAUACUUAUUUAUCGAUCUAACCCUGGAUGGGCAUCAUGCAAUAUGCAAAAUUAUGUAAAACUUUAUCUAUACUGCUCACACUUCCCAAGGCACUAUCAAAUCCGUCACCGUAUGAGAGUUUCACAGCUACUCGCAGGUGGUUAUUUCACUUCUGGCAAGUGAACCUUUAAAAACAGUCCUAGUGAUUUGCCCAAGGUCAUUUAGCAAGUCAGUGAUGGAGCAAGGACUUUUUUAGUUGUUCUUGUUAUAGUCUUUCAGACUUAGGAUGGUUCCAAAGAGGCAAGAAUUACGUUUAUUAAACAAUUAGAUAAUCAUAAAAAUAAUAAAAGACAAGUGCCAAAAUAUUUGAGAGAAAUUCAAUACCUUUUGUAAUAAUAUACAUUUUUUUUAAAUGUUCUUUUUCCGCAAGCACUGGAAAUGUUUGUGAUGCAAUUGAGAUGCUUUUGAUAUAAGGGAUUUAAAACUAGGCAGUUCAUGUCUAAGAGAAGUCUGUGCUUCCUACAAGUUCUUUUUGUCUGCUAUACCAUGACUUUUCUAUAAACUUACAUGUAGCUGUUUUCUAGAAAAAAAAGAUCCUCUUAAAUUCAGCUACCAAUGACAAUGUAAGUUGAAUGAUCCAUUGAGUAAGUACUUUAGGGCUGCUACCUUUUCUAGUGUUAUUAGAAGUGCCUAAGUCUGGUAAGCCCC